AUGGCUUCUUCUUCUUCUUCUCUUUCUUCACCAAUCCCUCCUCAGCAAAAGCAUGAGAUUCAAGAAAAAUACGAUCUGUUUCUCAGUUUCAGAGGCGAGGACACCCGCAAUGGAUUUGCUAGCUAUCUCUAUGGAGCUUUAUCUGCAAAACAGAUCUCAACUUUCAUGGAUGACCAUGAACUUGGGAGAGGAGAUGAAAUUUCGCCCACCUUUCGCAAAGCUAUCGAGGAAUCCAAGAUUUCGGUAAUAAUUUUCUCGGAAAACUACGCUUUCUCAACAUGGUGUUUGGAUGAACUAUUGCAAAUACUUGAAUGCAGAAGAACAAAUGGACAGAUUGUUAUGCCAAUCUUUUACGGCAUAGAUCCCUCGGUGGUACGGAAACAGAAUGGUAGUUAUGGAGUUGCAUUUGCUCAAUUUGAACACCGUUUCCAGGACAAAAUGGAGAAGGUAUUCAUAGUUGUUGAUAAUGUGGAUGAUUGGAUUCAAUUAGAUGCUUUAGUUGAGGGAUAUGAUCAAUUUGCUCCUGGAAGUAGAAUUAUUGUUACAACCAGAAAUGUGCAAGUGCUUAAAAAAGUUGCUGAUCAAAACAUUUACAAGGUGGAGGGAUUAAGUCAGAGUGACUCUCUUGAGCUCUUCCGUUUCCAUGCUUUUGGUAAAAAUUCUCCUCCAAUAGAUGAUGCAAUGCUGUUGAAAAGUGUGGAUAAAAUUUUCAAUGUGCUGAGAACUAGUUAUGAGGGACUAGAUGAAGGGAUUCAAAAUAUAUUUCUUGACAUUACAUGUCUGUUUAAUGGGUCUUUUACUAGAAAUGAAGCAGAAAGGUUACUAGAUAGUGGUGAUUCCCUAGUGAAAAUAGGAAUGGGUGUUCUCAUUGAAAAUUCAUUAAUUAAAGAUGGUAAACAUUGGGUAGACAAUCAGCUAUGGAUGCAUGAUUUGUUGCGACAAAUAGGUCGGAAAAUUGUUUGUGAUGGACAUAAAGAACCUGGUGAUCGUAGUAGGCUGUGGGAUGCUAAUGAUGUUUGCCAUAUAUUGGAAAGAAAUACUUCUGUUCCGGUGUUAAGAAGAAUGGAUCUUAGUUAUUCCAAGCUCCUUACAGAAAUACCAGAUCUGUCUCAACUGGCUCCGAAUCUGGAAAGUAUAAAUCUUGCAGGCUGUACAAAUUUGGUUGAGGUUCUUCCAUCCCUUCAAAAUCUUCACAAGCUUACUUAUCUAAAUUUGGAUGGUUGCUCCAAACUUAGUGAAUUUAAAGAGAUAUCAAGGAGCAGAUGGUAUUUGGAUCUGGUAAAGUUUGGAGGCAUUAAGAAUUUUCUGAUCAACAUUUGUCAGCAGAAGUUGGCAUUUCUCAAACGUUUUACGAACAAUAUUUCGUCCCUCUCCUCACCUAGAUCCCACAUGAUUUGCCAACAGUUUCCUAUGAAUUUGACAGUUUUAGGUUUGCGAAGUUUACCUAUAGAAGCAAUGCCUUUAUCAAUUGUGAGUCUCUUUGGUCUUGUUGAAUUAGAUUUGAGUUGUUGCAAAAGACUUAAAAGUCUUCCAACCAACAUUUGCAAGUUGAGAUCUCUUGAAUUGCUAAAUCUGCAUUGUUGUAGCGAAUUGGAAAAUUUUCCUCAAAUCUUAGAGCCUAUGGAACACUUGACAGAUCUUACCAUAUCUCGAACAGGGAUUAAAGAGUUACCAGAGUCCAUUGAUAAUCUAAUUUCCCUCCAAAUACUCCAACUAGAAAGUUGCAAGGAAAUUGAGUUUCUCCCAAACAAGUUGUGCGAUUCAAGGACACUUCAGUUUUUGUACCUCGGAAGUUGUUCAAAACUUCAAAAAUUGCCUCCCCUUCCACCUGCUUUGUUAGUUUUGAAGGUCCCAUGUUGUGAUAGCUUGAAAUCACUACCAGAACUUCCAUUAUUUUAUGAAAGUGUGGAUGCAAGACAUUUCACAUCGCUGGAGAAAGAUGCAAGAUGGAAACAACCUUUGAAAACUUAUUAG